AUGAGCGCCGAAGACUUUGAAGAACAUUUGCUGAACCAUACAGAACGUGUUCCGCGCUUUCUUUUCCGUUUCUGGCAUGAUAACUCUGGUGGGCGAAAAGAGCAUGGCUUUGUGCUGAACGAUACGAAGGCAAUUACGCCUCUGUACCUCAUGCUGCACCCCGAAAAGACGUACAAGCAGAUCCACGAGCUUCCGUUGAAGGCCGUUUGGCGUAAGGCCCGAUAUCAUCUUUGGAAUGAGAGCACGGAAACAUUUUUCUCUUCGUGGACACAGUCUUUACCUUUAUGUCUCGCUUGGGCGAGGGAGUUCGCUGAUGCCGGAAAUCUUCACAUCAGUAUCUUGGACGUCACUCUCCUUCGGUCUCCGAACCGUGUGAUGUCCGCGGUUUACCUGGGUGGCUUGUUAGAACAGGACUUUUCGAAUCACUCGCACGAGUUCUUGGUGUAUGGGAAGAUCACGAGCUCGGCGUUCAGUAGUGUCAGCUGGAAUCUGCUCGUGAGUAGCGGAAUGCUCAAAUUCAUGGAUAGAGAAGGCGACUUUUCAGCUCUUGGCCUGAAGAAGCCUCCCACCUGCGCAACCUGGGCUGUCCAGAUCGGUAGGCUCUUCACGCCUGGUCGAGUUGAAUUGCCCGUAGCUGCGCACCUGGCGACCAUUUUCGAAGAUGACUUGGGAGAGAUGGAUCAAGUGAUCCGAACGCUCACAAGCGUAUCGAUGCAGCUGCCGGCUGGAGGCCUCGAUGAGUUGACGAUGGAUGUUGACCACUAUGGCUACCUUGAAGUUUUGCAGGCUGCGAAAUUGUUACGCGCUGCCGUAGGCUUGCCCGCCGAGAUUGAAUCCGGACUCUCUGUGACAGGUCUGAAGCGGAUGCGCAAACAGGCCAUUGAUGCAUUAGCAGGUCGGUCAGUGGUGUCCACGGCCGUGCUUGGCGGAUAUGUCGCGAUGACCAAGGGCAAUUUCCUCGGUAUUGGAGAUGCACCCGUGGCAAGGGGUCAAAAGAAUUGUGGCGUGGCAUAA